AAUAAAUCUGACCAACUUCGACACACACAAAACAUUGAUCAUCGAAUAAACAGCAAAGAAAUUGUUUGGCAAGAAAGUAUUCGUCAAGUUAUGGAUUUAACUCAACGAUCUGAAGAUGAAGUGAUAAUGGCAUUACAUGAUAGUGAUGGCGACUUGAAUAGAGCUGUUAAUGAUCUUCUUGAAGGUGUAAGUCCUGAGUGGGAAGUUAAAAAGAAAAAACCGAGACAGUCUGGGCCUAAGCCAACGUCGGAACAUUGUAAUCCCAAUGAUAACAAUAUCGAUUCGGAAGAUAAGCGCCAACCACACAGUAACAGUUUAUUACGAAUCCGAGGACGAUCUGGUCAUAACAAUCGUGGAU